AUGAUAUCACUGCACGAUGUAAAUGCGGCCGUGGCAGCGUUUGCGGAGCGCGAGGGAAUCAGGGAGGCGAGGAGGGCGCGACGAGAGGCGGAGGAGGCGGCUGUGGCCGUGGCGGGAGCCAGAGAGUUGGCAUCGUCGAUGCGUGCGCUUCUGGACCGCUUCGCGGCCGCCACCGGAGGGGAGACGGAGGAAUCGGCCCGGGCGUUGGAUGCGGCGAGUGCGUUUAUGUUGGAGGAUGCGGCGCAUGCCUUUGCGUUGGAUGCGGCGAGCGACAUCUUCCCGCUCUCGCUUCGUGCCGAGCUGACUCAAGCUUCCGACGCGCUCCAGCACGCUCAGCUGCUAGGCGCUGGGCGUGAGGCGGCAGCGCGCGAGGCGGUAGCGCGCGAGGCGGCUGAGCACACCGCAGAGCGUUCGGCACUCGAUCGGGCGGCGGAGCGGGCAGCGAAGAGCGAGAAGGCCGCUGCCGCAGCGCUGCGUGCAGCAGCCGCGACGGCCGCACACCGGGCCGCCGCAGAAGCACAGGGUGGAGCUGAGCGCGAGGCGGCCGAAGCGGCAGCUGCCGCGGCCGAAGCGGCAGCGAGCUACAACGAGGCGCCUGCAAGGCUCGACCAAGGGUCGUCCUCUUCGGCUGCAGAGGCGCCGGCUGCGAAGGAGGCGGAGCCGCCGCACGACUUCGUCUGUCCGAUCACGACCGAGGUGAUGAGCGACCCGGUGAUGGCGGCGGACGGGCAUGCCUACGAACGGUCGGCGAUCGAGCGCUGGCUCGCGACCAAGUCGACGAGCCCGCUGACGGGCGAGGAGCUCGACUUCACUCGGCUCUUCCCCAACCACACGCUUCGGCGGCAGAUUGGCGAGUGGCACGAGGCGCAUGCGGGACGGUAG